GCGGAAAGAGGGCUCGCAGGCGUCCCGGCAGCGCCCGAGAUGGUGAUCUGAGACUGAGGAGUCACUGAGGCUUUGCGGAGGCUGCAUUAAUUGCUCCAGACAACAGCAGACAGAAUGAAGCGACCUGGGGCUAUCUUCCUCCUCCUGUUCCUCCUCUUCUGUAUCUCUCUACCUGUACGGUCCUUGACCUCCAACUGUGUCAUCAAGCGAGAGCACGAGAGAUGCAUGGAGAGGAUCGCACUUCACGACCCAGCACAGGACCAGGAGUUCGGUUGUGCUUGGGAGUGGGAUAACCUGACGUGCUGGCAGGCGGCGAGCGUGGGCGAGAUCGUGGUGGUCAGCUGCCCUGAGCUCUUUGAGUUCAUGAGCCCUGGGGAAAGUCUCGGGAAGAUCAGUAGGAAUUGUACAGAGUACGGAUGGUCAGAGCCUUACCCACAAUACGUGGACGCUUGUCUGCCUAAGGAAAACUCCACCAAGCCGGAUAUGUACUAUGAGUCAGUGAAGGCUCUGUACACAGUGGGCUACAGCACGUCUCUGGUAUCCCUCACCACCGCCAUGGUCAUCCUCUGCAGGUUCAGGAAGCUGCACUGCACCAGGAACUUUAUCCACAUGAACCUGUUCGUGUCGUUCAUCCUGAGAGCCAUCUCCGUCUUCAUUAAAGACGGGGUCCUGUAUGCUGAGGAGGAGGACAGCGACCACUGUUUUGUCCACACGGUGGCGUGUAAGGCAGUGAUGGUGUUCUUCCAUUACUGCGUCAUGUCCAACUACUUCUGGCUGUUCAUCGAGGGCCUGUAUCUCUUCACUCUGCUGGUGGAGACCUUCUUCCCAGAGAGGAGAUACUUUUACUGGUACACCCUCAUCGGCUGGGGAACUCCAACGAUUUGUGUGACUAUCUGGGCAGUUCUGCGGCUGCACUUUGACGACUCUGGUUGCUGGGAUAUGAAUGACAACACUGCCCUCUGGUGGGUCAUCAAGGGACCUGUUGUUACUUCAAUUAUGAUUAACUUCGUGCUCUUCAUCGGGAUCAUCAUCAUCCUUGUCCAGAAGCUGCAGUCACCAGAUGUUGGAGGGAACGAGUCCAGCAUUUACCUGAGGCUGGCUCGCUCCACUCUGCUGCUCAUCCCUCUGUUCGGGAUCCACUACACUGUCUUCGCCUUUUCCCCUGAAGAAGUCAGCAAGCGGGAGAGGCUAGUGUUCGAGCUCGGACUCGGCUCUUUCCAGGGCUUCGUGGUGGCGGUGCUCUACUGCUUCCUGAACGGAGAGGUGCAGUCGGAGAUCAAGAGGAAAUGGCGCAGCUGGACAGUGAACAGGUACUUUGCUGUGGACCUGAAGCAGCAGCGUCACCCUUCGCUAGCGAGCAGUGGUGUGAACGGGGGAACGCAGCUUUCCAUCCUGAGCAAAAGCAGCUCGCAGAUCCGCAUGUCCAGCCCCCAGGCCGAGAGUGCAACCCUCAACCUGCCAACCUGAGCGUCUGAUUGGACGAGAAAGCUCUAAGUCCGCCCCUUAAAUCCACCUCCAUCUGAUUAAACCCUACUCUAGCCUUGGGCUCGCACUCCCUGGACAGGCUGAAGAGGCUCUCUAAUUAUCAAUAUUUGUCCAUUUAUUAAUGAAACAAUUGCAUGACACAUUAA